UCCUACAAAUUUUGCAAUGUGUACCUUUUAUAAAGAUAUAACAAGGAAGUGACACAACAGAUGAAGUGUGAAUGCUCAACAAGAGACCUGCAAAUUCUUAUCAUUGAAGUUUCUCAGAGCAGUCUGAAGAAGUUCACGUGAGAAAAGGAUCUGUGGAACACAAAUAAAAAAUGCAUAUCACCUCAAGCUUUAUAAUCCUCUUUAUGAUGAUAUUAAAUAAUUUGUGUGAAGGUAAAGGAAACAAGAACUGCAACAUCAGCUUAACUCCAGCAGAAGUGACUGCAGUGGCAGGAUUAUGUGCUUUCAUUUCAUCUACCUUCAGUUAUCCAAAUGAAGCAAAGCCUGAGAUCCUGCUGUUGUAUCAGUGUACAAAAGGAAACAAUUGUAGUGAAUUUGAGAACACAAAUGUUAAGAUGCUUACAUUUGUUCUAGACAAUAAAAAAUUUAGCAUUAAUAUAACCAAUAUCAGGGCCGAAGAUAAAGGAGAAUGUGAGAUCAGAGAGGAGGAAACUAAGUCAGACCCAUACAGCUCCAGAUUUAAAUUCAUCAUUCAAGUUAAGCCUCAAACAGAAGGACAGGAGGCAAAUCUUAACUGUUUGGUGCCCUUUGCAUACCCUAAAACUCUUCCUGAUAUCUCAUGGUGGAUCAAGCAAAAUAAAAAAGGCUUCAAAUUGAAAAAGAUCACAUUUACAACCUCUGAAGGCUUUUACGCCGCAACGUUGACCUUUAUGCCAACCGCUGGUUUACACAAUGCAACUGUUGAAUGUGAAGCAAGAUAUGGAAACAUAAACAUCAAUACCAGUAUGACCAUAGAAGUGAAAUCACUAACCUAA